AUGUCUGAACAGCCAAAGGAAGAGAAGACGGACAGCACUCACAUCAACUUGAAAGUGAGCGACGGUACCGCAGAGAUCUUUUUCAAGAUCAAGAAAACCACCCCUAUGAAGAGAUUGAUGGAAGCCUUCUGUAAGAGACAAGGUAAGUCCAUGGAGUCUUUGAGAUUCUUGAUUGACGGCACUCGUGUGUCGCCUGACAACACUCCAGAGGAUCUUGACUUGGAAGAUGGAGACGUCAUCGAAGCUCACCGUGAGCAGUCUUGGACCGGCUGCGGCUCCCACGUCUCCAACGUUAUGGACUCUUCUUCAAGAGAAGACUGGUGCACUUGCGAGCCCAUUGACGAUGCCCAGGAGCACGGUUACCCACCAAGAGCAGGUACCGGGUUUGCCAAAGCUUCGCCACCAAAAUAG